GCGGACACAACACUGCGUGACUUUUCGGGUCUCUCGGCCUCCGCCUAUCUCCCUGACACACAGCGUGGUCGGGAGUUACGACGUAAGCUUGAUCGGCAUACCAUGUUGAUGCGUGGUCGUCUGCCUCUACUCAUCUGUCUGCUUAAUUACCAUCAAGAAUUUUCAACCCCUUCACAACCCAAUCCUAUGGGCUCCUUAGCACCUUCCCCAUCCCACGCUUCUGGACAUUUUUCCAUACUUCGUCCAUACCCGUCUAACAAUUAUUAUUCCAGCACUAAUCCUGUUUAUCGUUACCAUAACUUCAUUCAGGCUUACCUUCAUGGUGCUAACCAUUCUGAACCCUUUCGCGAAUGCUUAAUCCUUCCUCAUAUAUGGCCCCGGUGUUCUCUUGAUUCGAUCCUCAAGCUCUCGCAGACUGAAAGUCGAGCUGCACAUCUGUCAAAUCCAGCCGAGCUCUUCUGUCGAGCUCCUGUUAGCCAAUUGCUCAUGCGCCUUCGCCAAUGUGAAGCCAAUGUAAAGCCAACUUCGCGAUUUUUCAAUCUAGAUACUUUAGCUAGCCUUUUGCUGAACCGGCGUCGGCGCAGCCUUAUUUUCGAUGAUCGUUUUUCCGAUCAGCUAACUGACUUGUUAAUUAGUACCAACGAUCUUAAAUUUAAGGGAUAG